AGGGCCGGGCAGGGCGCAGCGGAGGCUCGGGGUCUCGGGUCCGGGAUUAGAGCCGGAGCUGUGAGCUGGUCGGGCUCAUUGUGUGCGAAGUGGCGCAGGAGGAAAGCAGAUAGAAGAGGAUGCCUCCGCGGCCGCAGACGCUCCUCCUGCUCCUGUCGAACAGCGCCGUGAUUUCCCGACAUAACCCGCCCUUUGUGUCCUCUCUGACCGAGCGUCCGCUGGUUUGUGAAGCGCAGCGUCCACCAUGCUGCCCGCUGCUGCCUCCCCAUGAAAACUCUCAAUGAAAACAAGGAGCAGGCGGCGGAGGAGGAGGGGUCCGCCAUGGAGGACAAGGAGAAUAAUCUGAAGACGGCAAGGUUGUGGAGGGAUGCCGCCCUGCGCUCCAGGAAGCUGCGGAGCAACCUACGCCAGCUCACCCUCUGCUCCAAAGACAACCAGAUCAUCCUUCCGGAUGACAUCGACGAGGUAGAGGUGCUCAACCUGGGAAACAACUCCCUCCAGGAGCUGCCGGACAGGCUGGGAUCCACCCUCAACAACCUGCGCGUCCUGGUCCUCCGCAGGAACAAGUUCUCCACCGUCCCCUGGGUGGUGUUUGAGCUGGGGCGGCUGGUGGAGCUCGACAUGAGCCACAACUGCCUGCGGAGCGUCUCUGAGGGCGUGGGGCAGCUGAGGGGCCUGAAGAAGCUGUGCAUCAGCCACAACAAGAUCCAGUCCCUGCCAGCUCAGAUUGGGGCGCUGCAGUUCCUGGAGGAACUGGACAUCAGCUUCAACGACCUGCAUGACCUCCCCAGGUCUUUCUGCAGCCUCGCCAGGCUGCGGACUCUGGACGCAGAUCACAACAAGCUGAACCAGUUUCCCCCUGAGAUUCUGGCCCUCAGCGAGCUGGAGGAGCUGGACUGCUCCGGGAACAAGUUUGAGGUGUUGCCGGCGGACAUCAUGAAGCUGCAGUCCAUUAAGAUCCUGUGGCUCAGCAGUCUGCACAUGUCCACGUUACCGGACAGCUUCUGCCGCCUGCAGCAGCUGGAGAGUCUGAUGCUGGACGGGAACGAGCUCUCUGCACUGCCAGCUGCUUUCGGUCGGCUGAAGAGACUCAAAAUGAUUAAUUUGUCCUCUAAUGAGUUUGAGAACUUCCCCCAGGUUAUUUUAAGCAUCACAGGGUUGGAGGAGAUUUACCUGAGCAGGAACAAGCUGACUCACAUCCCAGAGGACGUGGGGCAGCUGGUGGCGCUGGCCAACCUGUGGCUGGACAACAACAGCAUCACGUAUCUGCCCGACUCCAUCGUCGAGCUGGAGAAGCUGGAGGAACUCGUUUUACAGGGUAACCAAAUAGCCAUACUUCCAGAUAAUUUUGGAAAGUUGUCCAAAGUGAACAUUUGGAAGGUGAAGGACAACCCUCUCAUCCAGCCGCCCUACGAGGUGUGCAUGAAGGGCAUCCCUUACAUCGCAGCCUACCAGAAGGAGCUUGCGCAUUCUCAGCUCGCCAUCAAGCCGCGGCUCAAACUGGUCCUGAUGGGGACGAAAGACGCCGGCAAAACGCGGCUCAGGCAGAGUGUGGUGAGCAGACCGCAGGACGCUGCAGACGUCCAGGGAAACAAAGGGAUCGAGGUGACGAACUGGGUGGCGGACGCUGAUCGCUGCCUCACGUUUCUAGUUUAUGAUUUGUCAGGGAAGCAAAACUACGACCUCAUCAAACCCUUUUUCCUCUCCCCUGGUGCUCUCUACCUUCUCGUGGUGAAUCUCAAAACGUAUUCGCCAAAGAACUUUUAUGCCCAUGUCGGGUAUUUCCUCCACCUGCUCAGUGCCAAAGUGCCCCACGCCGUCGUGUGCUUGGUGGGCACGCAUGCUGACCUGUGUGAUCAGGUGGAGCUGGAGGAGAAGACUCUGGACAUUCACAGGCAGAUCGGCCUGCAGGAGAAAAGGGACAUCCAGAUCCUGAGGAGUGUGGCUCUGCAGGUGGACCAGGCGCUGGAGCAGGGCUUCAACGUCCGCUCCUCCAGCCCUCACGUCCUCUUCUACGGCGUCACCGACAGGAACCUGAGGCGAAGGAGGUCCCAGCUGCAGUACAUGCUGAACCACCGGCUGCAGAUCCUGUCUCCCGUGCUGAGCGUUAGCUGCACGGAGAGCCAGAGGAACAUCCAGAGGCUGAGGGAGAAGCUCAUGUCUGUCGCAGACCACAGCGAUAUCUUCCCCAACCUCCAUCGCGUGCUGCCAAAGUCCUGGCAGAUGCUGGAGGAGCUGCACUUUAAGCCCAAAGACCUGUGGCUGUCGUGGUGGGACUCGGCCCGUCUGGGGCUGCAGGCGGGGCUCACGGAGGACCGGCUGCAGAGCGCCUUAUCCUACCUGCACGAGAGCGGGAAGCUGCUGAAUUUAAUGAAAAAUUAA